UAAUAGAAAUCUGGUUUCAGAAAAAAAAGAAAACUAUUUCCGGGUCUGUGCUGUUUUUCUAACCUGGUAGUUUUCUUGUACGCACGGAUGCUGUGACUUGUUGCUCGUGAGGAUAAAACCCAAGCUAGGGUGAGUCCUGGCACAGAGUUGUUGAAUCAGAUUACAUCUUGAUGGCCCAGCUCCAGGAUCAUAAUAAACUCCGGAGUUUUGGGAGGAGACACACACACUCAGCGUGACUGGAGCUAACUUGACAGCGGGCCGCCGUGCGUUCUCGCCCCACGGAAACCUCAAGGUGUCCUCGCUAUAGUGGUCCGUCAGAAGCCCAGGACUACUCUCAUCCCGCCGAUAUAAGUUGACAUUGCAGUCAAGAUGGAGACAUCGCUUGGCCAUUUCUACCAAACGGGACUCGUGAGUGUCAUCGAGGGAUCAUCUCUGUACUCAAAUGAUUUUCCCGACGAACACCACCAAGUAGUGGAGCUCGGACACAUGAAGGAACCUGCAUGUCCGGAAUCGAUACUGAAUUUCAUUCUGGAAACUGAUAAAGAACGUUUAAUACAGGGGAGCAAAGUGGAUACCAGAAUCGAAUUUGGACUCCCACCGGAUCCGCGCGAAUGGACGGUUAAACACGUAACCUCCUGGCUCACGUGGAUUUCUGUGGAACUUGACGUCGGCCUUGCCGACGACCUGGAGUCUAAAUUACAGUACUGCCAGUUGAACGGCAGCACGCUCGCAAAAUGGACAAUGGAGGACUUUUGCAAUUUCUUCGGUCCGGACGGAGAUUUGAUUCACGAAAACUUCACAAGAUGGCUUAAUGUCUCUCCUGAAAGUCUGGAGAUACAAGAUACGUUGUUUGACGUGCAGAAGGAUAUCAACCGACUACAGGGCAUCAAACACCGACUGUUCGAUACAAUGGUGGACCAUUUGCCUUUCAUGAAAACCGACUAUAAUGGCUCCAACAUGAGCAGCCCGCCACUCUCUCCACCACUGAGUGACGACUUCGUGUCACACGACCUGGACGCUAGCCGCUCGCGAAGCCUGCCCCUAAGCGAGGUGUCGUCAACUACUCUACCGUGGUACCCGCACUACGACGAGGUACACGCUUCGACGCUCUUCAUCGAGCCGGAGUCUGACGGCAGUGGGCCGCCGGCAGUCAUGAGGGCAAAGAGACGACGAGGCCGGCCACGGAAGCCCAAACCUCCCAAACAAAAACGCAGCCAGCCUAUCCUGUACAAGUUCAUUCUGUGUCACUUGAACAAUCCCACCAUGCGGGACAAGUUGGAGUGGGUCAGCAAACAGAAUGGCAUCUUCCGCUUCCACUCGGCUCGCAAGGAGGAAUUCGCCGAGAUGUGGGGGCGUUACAAGGGCAACCGCGAGCAGAUGACGUAUCAGAACAUGGCGCGCGCGCUGCGCAACUACACGCGCGGCAAGACGAGGAUAAUGGAGCGCGUGAAACGAAAACUGCACUACAAAUUCUGUCCCGAUUUCAUCCAGUAAUAAACAGUUUUUUUUUUUCUGCCAAAAUUGCCCGGAUUGGUUUUGAUCAUGUAUUAAUCGUGCACAAACAAUCAAAAGGACAUUUUCGUCCUGAACGUGUUCUCUUAAAUGCGUUUUUCACGAAAUAAUAAUAAUUGGAAAUAUUGAUUAAAAGUAGAAUAACAACGUCAGUACAACUAUCCAUUGAAAACAUAUGCAUGAUUUCAGGGUGCUAAUUUUGGUCCUCAAAAAUCAAGCAGAAGAAAUGUUGUUGAGUUCCAGAGAGCCACACCUUUGAAAAAUGUUAGGUCAAUAAAACGAAACACUUAUAGUUACUUUCUUUUCAUUCUGCGGACGAGAGUGCUGCGGUAAAAACAAAAUUUUAUUAAGAGAGUCCAAUAACUGAAAUCUGGCCAAGGACGAUACCACUAUCAGCUUCAAGUUUUUUAUUAUCAAUAUCUACUAUUAUUUUUGAGGUUUUAUGCAUUAUAAUGUCUUUAUUAAGCAGAACACAAAUAGUAUUUUUUUUCUAAAUUAAUAAAUUGUUUUAUGUUCAGGCUUUGUAAAAUUGCAAAAGGACUUUAUUUUAGCUUACCGCCAAUCAGAACUUGUACUCAGAAUAGGGAUCAUUUCAAUGAUUUUUUCAUACACAGAUACAUGCAAGAAUGGAUUAUUAAUGACAUAUCAGAUUAAGAAUCUUCUCAAGUAUUAUUAUUAUAAUUUUAAAAAAGAGUCUGUGUAUAUAAUAAGCAUCCAACAUCAUAUAACAAAGUUAUAAUUACAAAAAAGUUUUAUACGGUGAAAUUAAUUCGGUUUUAAUAUAAAGACCCAAUUUCUUUUCUGAAAAACAAAAUGGAGAAAGUAAGCAUAGAACUACAUUAUUUUAUUGAGUAUAACUAUGUGGCGUAAGCUUCCAGAAGUUUUACACCAUAAUUAGUAACAUUGUUGUGCAAUAAUGACCUAUAUAACCGCCAACGUAAAGCAGAAGUACCUACAUACAUAUUUUCUUUUAUUAAAAUAUUUAAUUUACAGUAUAUACCCUUAGUCACAUUUGGAAUGUGAGCAUACAUGCUGUUACUCCAAAAUGUUUAAUUUUCUUUUGAGGAAGUGGCUUUGAUUGAAACACAUUCGAACCCUCACUUUAAAAAAGCAAUGCCACUACGAACCAUACAAUCGAUCAAAUUACUCUUAAAACAAUUAAUUAAAUAAGAAGUAUAAUUAUAUCACAAAAGAUAGAAAAUACAAUUCAAUUUAUUAUUUGUAACAUAUUUUGUACAGAAUGUACCCAAGAUGGUAACAUUGAUGUGUCGAGAAAAAACAUGUAUGGCCACGUGACUUCAAAACGUCACGUGACUCGAAUUAAUUUCAUCUUGUGGCGUUACUUUAAUGGGUAUAUUUUUGCUUUGUGGAAAGAACUCGAACCCUUAAAUGUUAAUAUUCUUUUUAUAUUUAAAAAAAGAAAGAACUAUAACAUUAUUGUACAACAUGUUAGACUUUUGACAGAAGUGUACGGGAUGUAUAUAAAGACUGAUAACUCUUACUUAAUGUGUUGAAGAACAUAUCACUUUUCGCAGCUAAACCUGUUACUUAACCCAUUUGUGCCGUAUAUAUUUGUUUGUAAUAGCUAAAGAAAAAAUAGAUAUCGCAGAAUCAAACGGUCAAGUGUCAAGCACAGAGCUUCAACUGACUUAUAAGUGUACAGGGUUAGUCAAAAAGAAAGUGACCUGGAUUAAAUGCUUCUUCUUAAAAAGCAAUCAAAUGUAAUACACGAAUGAAAUGUGUCUUAAACGAGCAUGUUCUUCCGCUCAUCUUAAAAAAGAAAUUACUGAAAUUGAUCCAUGCUAUCAGAAGUUAUCCAUGUUUUACUAAAAUAACCUAUUGCUAAAGCUGUCCAUGGAAUGUCAAUGGAAUCUAUCGGGCUGAGUGAGAAGUACAGAUUACACACAAGCAUCCAAGUACAAAUGGAUUUUAAUCAUCUGAUUUAAGACUGAAACAUUAUUUUUGCUGUUAGAUUUUGUGUGAAGAUUACAAUUUUCACAGUUACUAUUCAAUAACAUCUGUUUUAUCCUUAUGUUGUUUUUAUGAAAUAGAACGAGCCAAAUAUUUUUUUUCCUAAUUCGGUCACUUUCUUUUUAACUCACCCUGAAAAAUUAUAUGGUAAAAUAUUAAAAAGGUAACUGAUAUUCAGUUGUUAAAGACGGUUUCUAAUUGGCAAAGGGAAAUGAUGUGUUGCCGAACUACACACACUUCUUUUAGUCAAAUACCGGUCCGCAUCAAAUUAAACAACUCCAGCAAACUAUAAACUUCAACAAAUAAUUCUGCUGCAGGGUUCUUUUUUUCAUGAACUAUUCAAAGCUGAAAAUGGCUCUCAGUUGUUCUGAAAAACAAACUACUCGUGUGUCAAGUGCUUCCAAAUAAACGGACAGUUUAUGUUGAUUCAUCUGAACCUUCCUUCGAUUUCCGCUGAGGAAUUGUUGUCUUUGUUCCACUGUAACUGUUCUAGUCAAAUUGUCAAAAUAAAACCCGACAGAUUUAAAUAGAAUAAAGUUGUAUCCGUUUCUGACAUAGCGUCAUCAU